GUUACCAUGGCAACGACGGGGACGGGAAGGAGAGCCGAAAGCAGAGGCCAAAAUGGCGGACGAUUUGGAUAAGCUGCUGGACGAGGUGGAAAGCAGGUUUUGCCGCCUCUCGCGGCGAGACUGCGCGGACAGGAAUGGGGCCAAGGGACGGGAAAAGGGGCGCUUCCAGGAAGAGGAAGAGGAAGAAGGAGAAGAGGCUGAGGCGGCCGCGACGGGAGAGAGAGCCAGAUUUUCCAAAGAUGCUAGUGAAGAAGAAGAUUUAGAUGACAUAAUUAAAGAUAUAAUUGAUGAGAAGAGCUCUGCCCAAAGUCUUGUGAAACAAACAUCUGAGUUGUCCAGCCCUGCAUCCAGAAACAAUAUUACUUCUGUUCAAGCCCAUGGUAAAAGAUGUUGUCCAGUGUACCUUGGCGGGAGCACUGCACCGUAUGGUAUUGGAACAAGUAUUUCACAGAGAACAUGUGAUCGGCUACGUUGUACUGCCUGUGACUUCCGUGUUUCACAUUAUGAUGACUAUCAGUGGGACAAAUCAUGUGAUUACCUCUUUUUCAGGAAUAAUAUGCCUGAAUUCAGCAAGCUGAGAGCAAAGAUGCUAAAGAAGAAGGGAUCGCGGGCCUAUGCUUGCCAGUGCGCUUGGAGAUCUAUAGACGGACUAACAGACCUCUCUACAGACAGACAACUCCGCUGGGUUUGCAGCGAACACAUUCAAUGAUUAUGUCGUUUUCAGCCAUUUUCCUCCGAAGACUUCUGCUCCUUCUCAGUAUUAUUGUGUGAUAAAUGCAGUGUGUUCUUCAUACAAUUAGACUUUGUUGCUAUUCCAAAUAUAGAUGGAGCACUUUGCCUUGUCUGCAGUUCCUUUGUGAACUAACCUAACUGGGAAGAAUGGCAAGUGGAAGACUUGAGGUCCUGCUGCCUGGAAAACGAGAUGGGCAAGAACAGGUUCACAUAAGGAUUUGGGAUGAAAGUAUGCAUAAAAAUCUUUAACUUUCACAGCACCCUCCACUAAAUAACAAUAAAAAGAGCUGAAAGAAAAUGAAGACAGUCAUAGAAGGCAUCUCAAAUCUAGAAGAAAUAAAAUAUAACAAAGCUAAUGAUUUGACUGGAGCAGUUUUUACAAUGAGCCUGUUGUAAAAAUCUGUUGUAGAGUAUGUUUGAAACAUAGUUGAGCAUUAUCGUAUUCCAUUCAAGAUUUUAAUGAUGAGGUAGUGACGGGAAUAAAACAGCUUCUAGCAUUCUGGGGUUGACGUCUAUAGUCAAAUUAGUGUUGUUCCAGCACAGUACUAGCAGAAGCCAUAAAACUAGCAGCCUGAGCAAGAAGCUGAAUAGCAAGAUCAUACAAGCAAGUUCCAUUUGUUUUAGUUUCAUUUUAUGCUAUGUAACAGAUCAGAACUGACAUGCAAAUAUUUCUGAUAUGUCUUUUAAAAUGAAAAUUUGGAAUCUGAAAGUAAACAACACAGAAACUAUUACUUCUUAUUUUUCUGUAAUGCUACAAUUAUUAAAAUCAGUAUUCUUGUUA